AUGGGAAAUUCUGGUAGUACAAAUAUUCCUGGUGGUGGUACCGAAGGUUAUCACGUAUUGAGAGUACAAGAAAAUUCACCUGGACAAGCUGCUGGACUGGAGCCAUUUUUCGAUUUUAUCGUUUGCAUUGGGAAUACACGGCUGAAUUCAGAUAACGAUACUUUAAAAGAUAUCUUAAAGCAGCAUGUGGAACGAUCGUUAGAACUUACUGUUUAUAACAGCAAAACUCAAACAGUUCGGCAGACACAAAUUAUACCAUCACAAAUGUGGGGUGGUCAGGGAUUGCUUGGUAUUUCAAUCCGAUUCUGCUCAUUUGAAGGGGCGCGUGAAAAUGUUUGGCAUGUUGUGCAAGUUCAGCCCAAUUCACCAGCAGAAAUUGCUGGUUUACAAUCUAAUUUGGAUUAUAUACUUGGAGCAGAAUCUGUUCUAAACCAGGCUGAUGAUCUUAUUGCCCACUUACAAGCUAACGAGGGCAAACCUAUCAAAUUAUACGUUUAUAAUACAGAAACUGAUUCUGUACGAGAGGUUUCGCUUACGCCGAACUCAGCUUGGGGUGGUGAAGGAUGUUUGGGAUGUGAUAUUGGUUAUGGCUAUUUGCACCGCAUACCAGGUGAUCGACGAGGUCCCCUGAAAGGCGAGGAAAUUGCUGCUAUGCUUGAACAGCAGUUAAAUGGAACAAAUUCAUCGGAUGUAGCACCGUUCAUGAAUGCCGAUAAUUCGUGUCAUUCCGGACCUUCUGCUACCACCAACAAUACUAUCAAUAUUCCUCAACCAGGUAGCACAGGUAUUCCGCAAAUUGAUUCUAUACAAGCUAUUACAAAAUUCCCCGAUCCAAGUUCAUUUAUGCCACCAAUCCUGAGACAACCAGCAGUAUCUAUUAGCGCAACAACAGCAAGUAUGGCUGGAAUAAGUGGCUCUUAUCCAAGUGAUGUAUGUUCUGCAGGACUUUCAGCACCUGUGCAGUCUAUCAUAGAACAACCAUUAACCACUAGUAAUACCAAAAUGAGCAUCACAUCACCUUCUUCAACUGCAUUUCCAACCCUUGAAUUGUCGGCAUCUUCUGGAACUGAACAGGCCUACUCUAUUCAAAAUAAUAGCGCGAAUUAUACAAAUGCUAAUCAAGAAGUGCAGCAGCAACAAAAUUUCAUAGGAAAUUCAGUGGAUACAGAGCAGUAUGAGAGAACAUCGGCUGCUAUCAUUUCUCAGCAGUCUUAUUAUUCAGGACAGCAACAACAGUACAUGCAUGAUCCACAGUACCCAUCACAACCUCCUGUUUAUAACCUAAGUUAUGAAAUCUAUGAAAUGUUUUCUUUUGCAGCUUCGUCUUCAUCUCCUCAACCUAUGGUAGCGAGCAUAGUACCUCAGAUGUUUUCAAAUUUGCCGCGUCAACAGCAGCAGCAAGGAUCAUAUGGAAAUCCACCAUUGCCUCCACAAAUGUCGACAUCUUCCGCAUCUCCGUUUACAAGUUCUUCACAAUAUUCGGGUUUGAAUUUCCCAAUGCCUCCACUAAGUGCUAUGGGUAUUACACAUCUAGCGCCUCCACCAACGACAAUAUCUUUUGGUUUACCGACAUCACCUGCGGCAACGCUUGGACAACAGCAGCAGUUAGAUAUGAGUACUUAUUCCGUAGAGAACCCAGCAUUUAAAUCGGGCUUCCAGAUGGCUGAAAAUAAUCAGUUCGGUUUACCACCACAAGUGCCAACAACGUAUUCCCAGUAA